CGUGGCACUGAUUCUGGGGAGAGAGAGAGAGAAAAGAUUGAGAAAAGAGAAAGAGAGAGAGAGAGAGAGAGAGAGCGUACACACCCUCCUCCCCCUCCUUCUUCAGUCCCUCCAGCCACGCAUACAGUGUCAGAGUCAGUCACAGAGCAGCUGUCAGUACCGGGCAGAACUCUUGGCCACAUCUGCUUUGGAUUUCGUACUUUCUCCUUUGGAGGGGGGGUCGUGUCAUAGUGACGUUUUCGUACCUAGCGCACGGAACAGAGACACAGUGAUGAUGAAGACGAUGAGGAUGGAGACCAAAGUCUGGACUGUCCUUUUUGCGCUGCUGCUGCUCUUGACCUGUGGAUCCGCAGACCACGAUAAUAACCAUGCUGCUGCCUCAAAGAGCGCUCCUGGUCCUGAGAUGUCCACUGAGGCCCCAGCUGCAGUUUCUGUGUCUACUCCAAGUCUGGAACCAACGCGUCUUCCUGCUCCAGCACUAAAUGCCUCUGGUGUGAACACAAGUUCCAGUGGCAACAUGAAGCUAACCAGCAACACAACUGCAGAUGUGGAAACCACCUCUCUGUCACUGGAAACAAAGGAGCACAAUGAUACCAACACCCCAACGGUGCCUGUCCUUUCAGUGACAGAUUCAACCAUACCUGUGGAAGGGACAUCACAUCCUGGAAAUGUUCCAAACGCGAGCCACACCACCACCACCACCACGACUAUUACCCACUCUCUCACCACCCUGAACACCAUCACCACUACUACCACAACUACAACACCUUCUCACACAGCAUCCCAUACCCAUGUAGAAACAACAACCGUCAGCACAGGGAGCAGUCUUCCACCCCUGGCACCUGACUCCAUUACAACCCCACACCAGCCCUCCCAUACUGGGACCACCUCAAUCAUCUCCGCACCGAGGUCUUUAAUCACCACCGCGGCUGCAACCAGCACACGGUCUACUUCCUCCGCCAGCACUACCAUCUCAGAGAAGCCCACAUCGAAGCAAGUUCCUUUGGAAGAGCAAGAGAGGACCAGCAGCGGCCCAUGGAGCAGCCCAGUGCCCCAGGCCAAAGCCCACGUGGACACGCCAUCGCAGCUCAACGUGGGUGGCGACAUGUCUUCAACCCACGAGUCCCCAACAUUAGACCCCCUACUGGCCGGUCUGGUCAUAGCCUUCAUCGUCACCGCUGUCAUCAUCACUCUGCUUCUUUUCCUCAAACUGCGUCGCAGAGACAACCGUCCAGAGUUUCGCAGACUGCAGGACUUACCCAUGGACGACAUGAUGGAGGACACACCUUUGUCCAUGUACAGCUACUGACCACUGAAGACUCCCACACGGUCUCUCCUCGAGUGCAGAUAUUUGCUGGAUCAUUUGUUUGCCUUAAUCUGACAAAAACAGACAGAAUUCUGGGUAAUUGGGAGCAAAUAUUUUGCCCUGCUUGCAUUUAUCCAGCUCAUUAGGGGCAACACUGACGCAGUAUUGGACAGAGAAUAUCAGGUUCCCCUUAGAAUUGCUUGUAAUUUUAAAUUUGAUAAGGCAUCUGCUCGACCUGUUCAAUUUGACGAGGCAGCUGUUCAAUACUGGAUUGUUCAGUGUUCCCCGGCUCAACCUUUGGGGUUGUGUAAAAGGUUUUGGUUUCCAAAGAGAAACGGAGUGAAGUAUAAGACAUCUUUAGCCGUGUUCUGAACACAGGCUCGGUCAGACUUUUACCAGGAGACUUUGGCGUACGCUUGUCUCAUCAGUUAUAGCCGCAGUAGGUGUAGUUGUGCAGUAGUUUACGUUCGAUUCGCAAGCUGUUGAAAUGUCAGAUUUUGUCGUUCGACCUCUCUGUCUUGAGAUCCUCUCGUCAUGCAGUUGCAUUGUGUGUCCGUGGCCUUCCACUGCUUUGGCUGUGUGUAGUACUAUUUCGCUCAAUUGGAGAUUUUUCAACAAACAGUUCACAUGCUAGUCUAUUACUCAUAGAAACACAUCAGAAACUCUUGCUAAAAUGCUACAGCUAGCAAAAAAAAAAGUCAAGCAGCCCACCAUCAAGUGUUAAGGUCAGGAUUACAGUUCAGAAUCUUUGCAGUAACCUGAACAGGAAAUGCCUAGAGACUGGUAACAUUUUUUUUCUUUGCUUGUUUUACAAAAAAAAAAACAUAACAGUACUGUACAGUUUGUGUUUUAAACUUUAUGGGUAACUGGUGUUACGUUUGGAUCCAGAGAUAAGAGAAGAGAAAUGUGCCAGAUUAUUAAAAAAAAUGACCCUAAAAGAAGGUUGCACUAAAAGUAGACAUUCCUGAAGACUCCUGAAUUGAAAUAGAAACAUGUGUAUAUGUAUUUAUAUAAACAUAUAUACAGUAUAUGCCUUUUUCAAUCCAGGGUUUGAAAUUUUAAAUUUUGACAAUUAUCCAGACCUCCAUCUCUGACUUUCACAGAGAUGCAUUUGUACAUAUGAGAAAGUGGCUUUUUGUGCAAAUUUCUUUCGCAUUUGCUUCGUAGUCUUCACGUGUGCACAACUGUUUAAGGUAAUAAACUGUUUAAGUGUUGUUGAAUAAGGCAAAAGCAGACUCUGCCUUUACACCUAUAGUUAUGACUUGUCAUGUUACGACGUAACAGUUAUGACGCCUUUUCUUUUCUGGAGUUAGCCGUUAGCCAGAAAAGUGUGCCUUCGAAAGCAUAAAAUUGAUUUUCUUUUUUUUUCUUUUACCUUCAGUUGUACCUUCAUGUUCUAGUGUUUUGUGUAGUGAUUUUUCUUUCUUUUUUUUCCCAAACAAACCCACGUAGACACUGUUGGCUGUGUAGCUGCUCUAACUUGCCUCUGUUCAGAAAUUAGCCUCGAGCGUGUCCAAUGUGAGGCACUCUUUCAAACGAUGACAGUUGCAGACUGAAAUAGGCCGGUGGCCUUUGCACACAAUGUUAGCAUUGUCCCGUGCCCCGCGAAUACUACUGAUGACUGUAUCUCAUUAGGACAACACAAAUGUUACACACACAUGUGUUCAAAAUACUACGUAGACUGAAGUGACAGCACAUAUUUACGACAUUUUCACUUUGCUCAGGUCCAGGAAAAGAGGACUCAAAAACACAUAAAAUAUCAACACCGCUAUUCACUUCGGAUGGAGUCUGUGAAAUAAUACAUCACAAAUGUGUACUUGUUAAGUUUUGUUUAGAUUUUUUUUUUGUGCAGUUUUAAACUUUUGGUAAAGUGCCUUAUUCGGUAGUCAUCUCACUCUCGUUUUCAGCGUUAGUUUUUGGUUUAAAAGAUGUCAUCAAACCCACUUUGCUCCCAAUAGGUGAUCAGAAAGCCAUGAUCAUGCAUUAUUUAUUUU